CCUGGGGCCAGGAACUUUGUGUUGCUUACUGCUUACUGGAUGAAAUUUGAACUUUGUGUGUGUGAACCACAGGUUGGAGCUGUUGAGCUGCACAUCCAGCCGUACCUGAGCAGCUGGUAUGAUGACGCUGUGCUGUACAUACAAAGGGUGUUGCAACUGUUCCAGAACAGACUUGCUGUCCUUUUACGGGCCGCUUUGAGUCACACUCCAGUUGAAGUUAAAGGCACUGAUAACAAAAUAAAACAGGAUGUUGAAAGGUUUCUCAGCGCUGCCAGCCUUCAGGGUCUGAUCCAAGAGAACAUGCUAGCUUCGCUGUGUAAAGUGAUGACUGAGGAACCACAGAAAGUCAUUGUUAUAGACUGCAGUGAACCUACUCCUGUCUUUCAAAAUGCUGUGAGCAAUAAGUUUUGUGAAGACUGGAUUCCUUCAUUUUUAAACAGUUUGGAAAGUGGAAAUCCUUUCCUCAUAAGGCAAAUCCUGGAGAAUUUUAAAUUAAAGGCCAUCCAGGAUAUGAACAGCCUAAAGCGGUACAUUCGACAGGCUGAGACAAACAACUAUGCCCUGUUCAAAUGCUUUGUCUUUCUCAAGAACUGUGGCAAUGGGGAUGUCCUCCUACAGAACGUCAAGGUGGAACAUGUUGAGAUGCCUGAGGCCCAAAAUGUUGUGAAGGUUCUAGAAGAAUUCAUGUAUGAAGAAGGUGUCAUUACUCCCACUAACUAAAAGAAAUACUGUGUCUGACCAAUCAUUAACUUUAGCGAAGACUUUAUUCUUUACUUUGUCAUGCUUGUUGCUGUGGAUAUCAAGAGUCUUAGGUACUGCAUUCUCUAUCAGCAUCACACAUGCAUGACAUCCCUGGGCUGGUGCACUUUGUUAUUGUGAGUGCUCUUUAAGCAGCCUGUGAAAUAAUAGCUCACCAUGGGCUAAUUUUACUGCAUUAGUACUGAGCCCAGCAUUCUGCCAUUUGGACUCGUGUUGUGAGUAGUGAUAUACAUCUAAUCCAGCUCCUUCAUAGAGUCAGUCAUCGACAGUCCCCAAGACAGCGAAUGGGAUUGUGUCUCUGAGAAAUAGAGCUGACCCUUGACUCUCACUGCGGACUGAGAAGGGCAAGUUGGCAGCAGACUAUCGUCAGUGAUUCAACACUAGAGAUCUGGAGUAAGCUGUGAGAGGACCUAGACUUACAUUUGUACAUUCUCCUCACUGGAUUAAGAGUUUAAGCAGGAGUCCUGUAGGAGGCUACAUGAAGUGACUCAGAAAACCAAGGAAUGAUGCUGCUUAUGUUUUUUUGGCUGGGGGUGGGGUGGUUGCGGUGAUGGGAAUAAAUUUCACAUCUACCUAAAACGUUCCUGACUGGGAUGGGGGUUUCCGAACGUGGGAACAAAGGAUGGAGAUGAAAAGAAGACUGAUUUCUUUUUAUUAGAAAAAAGUUUCUGAGAAACUGGUAAUUGAGAAAUCUGGCACAAUGAAUUUCAGGGCCUGUAAUAAGUCGAGGUUUUAAUUUCCUCAGCCAUUAAUGCAGGUGUUAAUAUGAUGGGUUAGAAUAACAUUACAAAGAAACCUAUCAUCCAACACGUAACCAUAUUAGUGAGGCUCCUUGUAAUCAUUCGAAAUGGGACAGAAGGCGAGUCCGCAACUUCAUCUGGGUCUCUGCUAUUACUCUGUCAGUGUAUAACUAGAAUAUAUUUACAAUGGUUUUCUUUGUUUCAAUCCUAAAUAAAGUUUUAAUCUGA